GGCGGGUUUUCGCUGUGACACAUCGUACUGGAACGUGUGUGUGCAACCUGAUUUAGUGUCCGGUCGGCUCCUCCAGGUGAAAGUCAUGGCAGGUCCUGAUCUGAUACAAACUCUUCUGUACACUGUCAACAAUCUGCUGCAGCAGGAGAAGUACAAAGCGGCGUUGGCGGUGUUGAAAGGAUUCAGAAACGGAGCAGUCUAUGGAGCCAAAAUCAGAGCACCACAUGCUCUGGUGAUGACCUUUCUGUUCAGGAGUGGCAGUUUGAAGGACAAGCUCAGAGCCAUUUUGAAGGCCACAUACACCCACUCCCGCAACCUGGCGUGCUUUGUGUUUACAUACAAAGGACUGCAAGCCCUGCAGGAGAAGUGUCAGGGAAAGAGUUUGCAAUCUCACUCAUUCCUGGCCGCCUGCGUUGGAGGAUGGUUAGUGUUUGGAGAUAACAACAACAUCAAUAGCCAGAUCAACAUGUACCUGCUGUCCAGGAUUCUGUUCGCCCUGUCUCGGCUGGCUGUGGAGAAAGGAUUCAUCCCCCCGCCUAAACACGACCCUUUCCCACUCUUCGCCACGCUGGUGUGGGGUGUUGUCUUGUGGCUGUUUGAAUAUUACCCUCACACCCUCCAGCCCUCACUGCAGUCCUCAAUGAACUACCUCUACCAUGACAGCAAUGUGUGGCAUGACAUAUCAGACUUUCUUGUUUAUAAUAAGCCAAGGACUGCUGCUUAGGGGUUUUACUUGUUUUCAGUACGGACCAGUUCUAUACAAUACAUAAAUUGCAUUAUAAUUUUUUGUAAUUAUUAAUACUCCAAAUAUGAUUGAUAAUUGUUGCCUUUUUUUAAUUAUGUUUUGUUUAUUUGUUAACGUUUGAUACAUUGACAUAUGUAUGUCUCGUGGGUCAGCUCACACCAAAUCUCCAGCUAAAGAGACAGACCAGUAUAUUUACAUACCAUUGUGACAGUAUUAGACAAAAUCUACUUUAAAUAGCAAUAUCUGUAUCUUCCUUGUAUGAUUGUUUUCUGCUAAUAUUUUGGGUGAUUGCACUAUUGUCUAAUUUUAAUUUCCAUAUAUCACCAAAUACAGCUGCCACACAACAAAAAAACAGGCUGAAAUGCUGUUGUCUGUUAUGAAACUUCUUUUACACACAAUUAAUAAAAAGAAAAAUAAUGACAUUUAAAAAA